AUGGGCCACGCAUCCUCGAAAGAAGUGCGCCAUGAACCUCAAACCACGAGGCGAUUGUCGAAACCACCAACAAACUUAUCCUCGCUCAACGUAGCACAAACAAAGGCCGGAAAGUCUCCUAGAAGUCCUAAUCAUGACCAGAGCCCACCACUGGACGAGUCCAUGUUCUGGAAGAGCCCGUGGACGGGUGAUCUCUUACCUAAAUCUAACCCCGAAACGGACUUGACGGAUCGUAAUCGGGUGCGGUCUUUCACGUCGUUCUCUAGUUUACAACCCGAGUCGCGAGGUUCUUUACAGGGGAGCAAACGCUGGUCGAGCAUUGACGACUUUGUUCUAAUGAAACAAGAUAGCUCGUUGUCACGAUCGAGCUCUUUCCUCUCUAGAAGACUUUCGAGACGGUCCUCAAUGAUUCACAGGCCUAGUUUUCAGUCGCAGUCGGAAGGAGUGACUGUUGGGGAAACUCGCAGAGAGCCCGUCAUCCAUUUUGGUCCUUCGGAUAUUGGAAGUCACGAUCUACAUUCAUCGGUCGAAACCUUGACGUCAGAAGAUAGGUCUCCGGUUGAAGAUUCUUACGUUCUCAUGGGUCGUCGGAAAUCGUUCCGUAGGCCAGGAGUUGCAACGCGAACUCCGUCUUGGGGUCUAUAUCGCACGCCGCUAUCAUCGAUCCAACAGGAAGACGAGAAACCUCCCAUACCAGAAAUUCUUACUGCACAGCUUUCACAUGAAUGGGAAGAGGAUGAUGACUUCAUGCCGCUCUCUCGAUAUCACGAGCGCGCCACCUCUCCGGUCGCCUUAGACUACUCCCACCUGAGUGGUUUCAAGAAAGGCACUUUAAGAAUCGUCAAUGCUUCUGUAUCUCCAGCAAGCACCGAUCGUAUUCGCCUUCUUACGACAUCCCCAUCCCACAAAAAACUUCCCAAAAGUGUCUUGUCUCAAGGUGACUCCGCCGUGUUCAUUUCGAAUAGUGCACAUCAAGAUGAGGCUGUUGUUAUUCCCGAAAAUGGCUUUUGCUUCGAAGAUUUGGACGUAGCGGGCGAUGGGCAAUACCUGGAGACGCCUGGAGUCAUCGCCUCGGAUGCAAUCGGAUUUACAAGGAUGCAAAAAAUUCAUUCCAACACAAACGCAGACAGCGGGUACAGUUCUGUCAGCUCAAUCCACUCCAGCAACUCUUCAGCCCAGUCCGGAUCUUCKCCCGCCAGCUCUCCAGUGUCUAGUCCUGCGCGGUACAAAGUGGGAAGCCCUGCAGACAAUUGCUCAUACUUUGCCGAUGGCUUAUCGAAACCGAACGAGGUUAUGCUUCAGAAUCUCGUUCCAUCCGGGAGCAGCAGUUCAGGGAGUCAGCAGAUACCAUGUACCGGUUCUGAACAGACCCGGUAUUAUGCUCAGCUCAGCCUUUUGAACAUCCCAUCUGUCCCGGAGGCAGCUGGCAUUUAUGAUAAAGAGAGCGAUUCUGAGGGCGAUAUGGAUGAUGAGCAGAUACAAAGCCCUUUUUCGCCUAUUCUUCCCAAGCAUGCCUUUGCACAAGUUGCAAAGGAACAAAUAGAGGAAACAGUUCAACGAGCUAUCUCCACCCACAAACCUCCAGUAGACAAGGCACAAACCUACGAAGCACCUCGGGGGCGGGCCCGAUCACGCAGUGCUGGCCGCGGCCGCACAAAACUGGUCAAAACUCGCAGAGUUGCCGUAUGA